AUGCCGUCGCACGCUCCGGCCGGUCACGGACAGGUGAUCGAAUAUAUUCAAGAUCGCUUGUAUCUCGCAUCGUUUUCCUCUGCGCCAGAUCCAAAUGCGCUGUUCCCAUUCCCCUCGCAGCAGCAAUCGUCGCCUAGUAAGCGAGCUGUCAAGACCCCGCAAAGUCCAGUGAGGGCUCCUAAACGCAAAGUUCCCGUAUACUUCACGGUCGACGAUACUCUCCUUUACAACGCCUUCCAUGCAGACUUCGGCCCUCUCCAUAUUGGUCACCUAUACCGAUUUGCUGUGCACUUCCAUGAAAUUCUUGGUGAUUCAACCAAUGCUGACAAGCCUGUCGUGUUUUGGAGCAAGCCCGAUCCCCGAAGCCGUGCGAAUGCUGCUUGUCUGGUUGCCUGUUACAUGGUCUUGAUUCAAUCAUGGCCACCGCAUCUCGCCCUCGCCCCCAUUGCUCAAGCCGAACCCCCCUAUAUGCCGUUCCGUGAUGCUGGCUACAGCCAAGCGGACUUUGUUCUCAAUAUUCAGGAUGUCGUGUAUGGUGUGUGGAAGGCAAAGGAGGAGUCUCUGUGCGGCUUGAAAGAUUUUAGUCUGGAAGAGUAUGAACGAUACGAGCGAGUAGAUAUGGGCGAUUUCAAUUGGAUCACCCCUCAUUUCAUCGCAUUUGCUUCACCGCAGCAACAACCUGUUGCCCCUAUCCCACCGAACACGCCGAAAUACGCUGCACUUCCCAAGACCAUAUCCGAAGUGAUGGCUUCGCAACUCCCAGUUCCUUUCAAGAAUGUGCUUGCUCAUUUCUCAUCGCGAAACGUCGGGCUUGUCGUACGACUGAACUCCGAGCUUUACUGUCCCUCUUAUUUCACUGCUCUUGGAAUCGAUCACAUUGAUAUGAUAUUUGAAGAUGGUACAUGUCCACCAUUGCCACUUGUUAGAAGAUUCAUCAAGAUGGCACACGACAUGAUUACAGUGAAGAACAAAGGAAUUGCAGUUCAUUGCAAGGCUGGUUUGGGUCGUACCGGCUGCCUCAUUGGUGCUUAUCUUAUAUAUCGAUAUGGGUUCACGGCAAAUGAAAUAAUUGCUUUUAUGCGAUUUAUGCGCCCCGGUAUGGUGGUGGGACCACAGCAACAUUGGCUCCAUCUCAAUCAAGGCGCUUUCCGCGAAUGGUGGUUUGAAGACUCAAUGCGUGAGAAGCUUGCGUUGGCUGCCCCCGUUACUCCUGGUCGUCAGGUCAAUAAGCAAAGAUCAAGUAAUGGGCAGACUGUGACCCCUCCCAAUGCAAACCAAUCGCGAAGGUCGGCACUCGGAGAGAUCGACAAUAACGAAGGCGGUGGCUCUUAUGCCGAUGAGAACUUGCCUGCGCCGACACCUGGCCAACCUCGAAAAUCUCACCGCAAGGACUCUCGUCAUCAUCCGUACGCCCGCAAUGUCUCGGGUACACUGGCGGUCAAUGGAGAAUCGGAGAAGGCUUCAGAUCGAACCUCCGUGCGAAGGUCUCGGCGCUCAGGUACUGAGCAGAGUGAAAGCGAGGAGGAAAUCCAAAUGCGCAUGCUUGCUAAACGAGCAUCAAGGUCUCCCAGUGGAUCUCCAGCUGCACGGUCAAUCAGCUAUUCUGCUACCGUCACAACUAGUUACGACUUGCACGAAGACCGAGAAAACUGGGUAGAAUCUGGAGUAGCUGUCCAGAAGACUCCCAGUAGCACCAAAGGCGGCAUCCCUCUGAGCAAAGUACGGCCCAGCCCUCGUCGGGUUACCGAUAGCAAGGGUGAGAGCAGGGGCGUUCGCAAAAUUAGCGGUCGGGUGGGCAGCGUGGGAGCAUCUCCGACUAGAGUCAAGUAA